UCACAUGCGAGGUUGGUGGUGGUGGGCUAGGCUUUAGGACCUGGAGGUGUGUUUUCCUUCAACUGUUAUUGGCUACCAUUGCCUUUCGUUCCACAGCUCCUCCUCCAGCCGAAGGCUGUUUACAAGGAGAGGAGCUCUUCUUGACAAAAACAAGAGCUGAGACUUGAAUCGAGGAGGAGGGGAGCAGUGUGUCUGAUGCCUUCAGCACAGGCUCUUUCCCUUUUCUUUUCUAAAAGCCAUUUAGAGAAUGAAGUCGCUCCGUCGUCAUCCAUGUAGGAUGUUGCUCUCUUUGCACGUCGUUUUCCUGAGCGCAGCCUUGGUGGACGGCAGCGUGUUAAAUGCAGACCAAAAAGACUGCAUUGAGUCCAACGGAGUGGGAUACAGAGGAGUCCAGCAGAGUUCCUCUUCAGGCCUCACUUGUCUAAAGUGGACCAACGCAUCCACUCAAUAUGACCCACUGACAGGUGUGGGAGAUCACAAUUACUGCCGAAACCCGGACUCCUCCGAGAGGCCUUGGUGCUACAUUACAGGCCCCGAUGGGAUGGUCCAGAAGCAGUUUUGUUCCAUCGAGAAAUGCCGAGUGCUCACUUCCAGUGAGGAUCCAAAGACGGCCGAGCCGACGGCAGCCACUCCCUCCCCAGACACUGAUAUCCCACCAAAGACGCAAGGAGACGCAGCGGCCGUUGCCGGGCAGCCAGUGAUGGGAAUUAGCCAGAGGGUGCGAACCGGACCCAAAAAGAAAAAAGAUCUGGGCACGCUCGGCUAUGCCCUGGGCAUCGUCAUGAUGGCCGUUAUAAUCGUUCUCGGCGCGGGCAUCACGUUUGGCUACUUCUACAAAAGGGGCAGAGACCUAAAGAAGCAGCAUGAGCAGCGGGUGUACGAGCGGGAGAUGCAGAGGAUCACCCUGCCACUGUCGGCCUUCUCCAACCCCACGUGCGAGCUGGUCGACGAGAACACUAUCGUUGUCACGGCCCGGCAUGAGACCACCCCGGUCCAGGAGGCGGCGGAGGGCGCGGACCCACUCAUCGAUCAGCAAGCGGGCACACCUGGAGCAUGAGGGACUUCCCCUCUGCCUCAGUCAGGACUUCUGUAUACACUCACUGGCCGCUUUAUUAGGGUACACCUGUCCAACUGCUCGUUAACACUUAAUUUCUAAUCAGCCAAUCACAUGGCGGCAACUCAGUGCAUUUAGGCAUGUAGACAUGGUUUAAGACAAUCUCCUGCAGUUCAAACCGAGCAUCAGUACGGGGAAGAAAGGUGAUUUGAGUGACUUUGAACGUGGCAUGGUUGUUGGUGCCAGAAAGGCUGGUCUGAUUAUUCCAGAAACUGCUGAUUUACUGGGAUUUUCACGCACAACCAUCUCUAGGGUUUACAGAGAAUGGUCCGAAAAAGAAAAAAUGUCCAGUGAGCGGCAGUUCUGUGGGCCGAAAUGCCUUGUUGAUGCCAGAGUUCAGAGGAGAAUGGCCGGACUGGUUCGAGCUGAUAGAAAGGCAACAGUGACUCAAAUAACCACCCGUUACAACCAAGGUAGGCAGAAGAGCAUCUGUGAACGCACAGUACGUCGAACUUUGAGGCAGAUGGGCUACAGCAGCAGAAGACCACGCCGGGUGCCACUCCUUUCAGCUAAGAACAGGAAACUGAGGCUACAAUUUGCACAAGCUCAUCGAAAUUGGACAAUAAAAGAUUAGAAAAAUGUUGCCUGGUCUGAUGAGCAGGCCAUUUGGGGGCCCUAAGCAAAAAAAUGCAAAGGGGCCCAUAUUUUUGGCCCACCAUUUCGUCACAGUGUACUGUGAAACCCAUACAUGCAAUCCAACCCAUACGUCCAUAUUUUGUAUAGUAAUUAGGGCUGUCAAACGAUUAAAAUUUUUAAUCAAGUUAAUUACAGCUUAAAAAUUAAUUAAUCGUAAUUAAUCGCAAUUCAAACCAUCUAUAAAAUAUGCCAUAUUUUUCUGUAAAUUAUAUUAUAUAUUCUGUAAAAUAAAUUGUUGGAAUGGAAAGAUAAGACACAAGAUGGAUAUAUACAUUCAACAUACGGUACAUAAGUACUGUAGUGGGCAUUUCACUCUACUGUCAUUUAAAUCUGUCUAUGCUGUCCUCACUCCGAAGCGUGUACUUUUUCCAAAGCUAGACAGCUAGUGAACGACGCCUUAAUAAUCAGACUUCUUCCUUUUUCAUCUGAUUUAUUAAUAAAAUGGCCUCAAAGCAUUGUCCUCUUUAGACCGUCGUAAAACUACAAAACAAUGUACACAAGCAUUGCAUUAGCAACAACGUUAGCUUAGCACACUAUACAGGUUCACUAAACAUAAACAAAAAGCGUCUCAUACAAAAAUAUAACAUUUCGCUUACUAACAUAAUAUGUACAUUCUUUACAACAACCAUACUUACGGACAAAUCUUGUCCAAGGAUCAUAUAAGCACAACAUUACAAUGUAGGCGUCAGCCCGAGACAUCGUGCAGCCAUAUUGAACUGGCAAGAAAACAAUAAACCAUGUUGCAAAGCGACCACAAGAGUUCGCUGUUAGACAGCACAAAAAGCCUUGCUGUAAAACUUACCAAAAGGCAGAGAAUACUGUCUGAGCGGGACAUGUGCGUUAAUUGCGUCAAAUAUUUUAACGUGAUUAAUUUAAAAAAUUAAUUACCGCCCGUUAACGCGAUAAUUUUGACUAAUAUUAAUCAGAUUUUUUUGCACUGCAUACUUCAAACUUCUCACUCCAAAUGAUUGUCAGAACAUAAGUAGAUAGCGCCAAACCGUUUUGUAAAAGAGGAAAGAAAGAAAGUUAAGGAAGGACUUUUAUUUUUUAAGCUUGUAAUCAAGUAUCAAAACUCACAAAAGUCAAAUAAAGCAAACUGUAGUAAACAAAAUAGUAUCUUAAUUAAACAAUUGCCAGAUUGGGGGCCCCCUAGUGGUCAGGGGCCCUAAGCAGCUGCAUAGUCUGCGUAUAGGCUGGGCCGGCCCUGCUGAUGAGUCUCGAUUUCUGCUGCGACAUUCGGAUGGUAGGGUCAGAAUUUGGUGUCAACAACAUGAAAGCAUGGAUCCAUCCUGCCUUGUAUCAACGGUUCAGGCUGGUGGUGGUGGUGUAAUGGUGUGGGGAAUAUUUUCUUGGCACUCUUUGGGCCGCUUGGUACCAAUUGAGCAUCAUUGGAACGCCACAGCCUACCUGAGUAUUGUUGCUGACCAUGUCCAUCCCUUUUUGACCACAAUGUACCCAACUUCUGAUGGCUACUUUCAGCAGGAUAAUGCACAAUGGAAUCAUCUCAGACUGGUUUCUUGAACAUGAGAUUGAGUUCACUGUACUCAAAUGGCCUCCACAGUCACCAGAUCUCAAUCCAAUAGAGCAUCUUUGGGAUGUGGUGGAACGGGAGAUUCGCAUCAUGGACUGUGUGAUGCCAUCAUGGCAAUAUGGACCAAACUCUCUGAGGAAUGUUUCCAGCACCUUGUUGAAUCUAUGCCACCAAGAAUAGAAGCAGUUCUGAAGGCAAAAGGGGGUCCAACCCGUUACUAGCAUGGCGUACCUAAUAAAGUGGCCGGUAAGUGUAUGUUCCUCUCCGGGUCUAAAAUGACCCUGGUGCCCGUUUUGAAGUCAGGAAGCAUUUUGACCUGAAGAUUAACGCCUUUUGUACAUAAGAUGUGGAUGAUGAAAAUGUUAUGUGCAUUGACCCGCUGGCUGUGCCGAGGGAGAACCGUGUAUAUAGAUAUGUUUAUAGAUUUAUAUAAAGGGAGAAAUGACAAAUG